UUCUGUGGUUUGUUUACAUUACAAUUGAUUUCCAUCGAUUUCCAUUUUACUGUUUCCACAUAAUAUUCUCUUUGCAAAGAGUAUGUAAUCACUACGUUGUGUUUGGAUUUCCAUUCCAUUUGCCCCGUAGGCAUGGUAGGUGAUUUUAUCUGACUGAUUAUAUUCUCUUUAUUUCCUGUCGAUCUCAUGCAUAAAAGAUGUAUUUUUCUUAAUAUGUACGGUUUUAAAUUUUUCUCUCCAUUUAAAGUACAUUAUUUUCGUCGAGAUCAAAUCGUUUCAUUAUUUUUUUGCUAAAUGACGAUGAAAAUUGAAUAGUUCAACUCAGUCAGCGAUAUAAUUGGAAUAUUCAACAACUUCAACAAUUGGAUAAUAUGUUUUCUAUGUAGAGAAUGUAAUGUAUAAACAAACCGUAAAGACAGAUAAUACACGUGAAUACUGCGGAGUAUCUACUAUGAGUGGAAAAAUUUAACCGAUGGGCAGCAGGUUUUGGAACUGCGCGGGAUACCGUCUUGCAGUCCACACGCACGCACUUAACUGCGCAAACUGGUUUGUGCAGGCAAGCUCUCAGAACAAUCAUGGCACCGGCGAUAUUAGUGACGGGUGGCGCGGGUUACGUCGGCUCACACACGGUCAUGGCGCUGCUAGAGCGGGAAGACACCACGCACGAGAUUGUGGUGGUCGACAACCUCAUCAACGCUUAUAGAGCUGAUGGCGAAAAGAAACCAGAGCCACUAAAGAGGAUAGAAGAAAUGACAGGCAGAAAGAUUCACUUUUAUGACGUGGACAUCAGAGAUCGCGAGGGACUGAAUAGAAUUUUCGAAAAUCACAGCAUAGACUGCGUGAUCCACUUCGCAGCGCUCAAAGCGGUGGGCGAGUCCGUUCAGAAGCCGCUGGAGUACUACCAGGCCAACAUAGCGGGCACCUGCACACUGUUUGAGGCGAUGCGCAAACACGGGGUAUACAAGCUAGUGUACAGUUCGUCGUGCACCGUGUACGGGGAGCCAGAGAAACUGCCCUUAGACGAAGGGCACCCCACCGGGCAGGGCAUCGCAAGCCCUUACGGCCGGUCCAAGUUCUUCUGUGAAGAGAUCAUGAAGGAUCUGUGCAGGAGCGAUCAGAAAUGGAUGGUGAUAUCGCUCCGAUACUUCAACCCGGUGGGUGCGCACCGCAGCGGACGCAUCGGGGAAGACCCUGCCGGUCUACCCAACAAUCUCAUGCCGUUUAUAGCACAGGUAGCGGUAGGCCGUCUAAAAGAACUGAUGGUUUUCGGUAACGACUACCCCACAGCCGACGGCACGGGAGUGAGGGACUACAUACACGUGCAGGAUCUCGCUGAUGGACACGUCAAAGCGAUCAAGCUAUUCCAACAACCGGGCUUUAGCGGCUUCCAUGCGGUUAACUUAGGUACAGGCACUGGCUACUCUGUCCUCCAAAUGGUGAAAGCAUUCGAAAAGGCUAGUGGGCGGAAAAUUCCAUACAAAAUAGUAGGCCGUCGAGCGGGUGAUAUCGCGGCGAACUACGCAGACGUCUCGCUCUCGCACCGCCUUCUAGGCUGGCGAGCGACAAGGACGCUAGAUGACAUGUGCCAAGACACGUGGCGAUGGCAAAGUGCUAAUCCUGAGGGGUUCCAGAAAAGUUAAUGACUGAUAAUGGAAGGCAUUUGAUUGUAAGUUUUUAUGGUUUUAUAAAUAAAACAUGUUAAGUUUUCGUUAAAUUCUACCUGAUACCAUGGACGUAUAUUAGAAGUAAAUGGAAUAUACCAAACCGAACCGAAAAGAGCAUAAUAUUAAAGCAAGACCAUCAUAUAAAAUUUCUAAAUGCUAUUUAGAAAUUGUAACGUAUUAAUAAGCUUUAUUUAUACGACCCUUUUUACGAUACGUUUAUCUGUACGUCUAACUGUGUAAAAUUAUAAAAAAAAUGCCAACUUGUUUAGUUAAUAACUGGCAACUCUGUUGCAAAUUAGCACAUGAUAGGUUUUUUUACCAAAUAGCCUUGUUACCAAAAUUCUAGUGUUAAAAAAAAGUUAUAUUUACAAAGUAGUUGCAAAAAAAAUUGUUAACCUACUAGUUUUAAUACUGUAUUUUAUUUUUCAAAGGGUAACAUAUCAAUGGUGUACUGGCAAAAUGCCCUUUCUCAAAAUUCUGAUGAUUUCAUACUGUUUCAUAUUCCGCAGUGCAACAAAAAUUUGAAAGCUCGAACACUAGCCUCCACCUGCACUGGCAGGCGUCUACAAUCACUAUUUAGCUGAAGGAAACAAAUUUUUUCCUUCAUCCUGUAAGGUUGUUGAAAUCGAGAUAGUACUGGUUGCCAGUUCCCAGUCGGUAUUUAAAACUGUGUUGCAUUUUAUUAAGAAACGACAAAAAUUUGUUUUGUCAAAGUACUAUUUUUGACUGUAUUUAUCUUAUUAGUCGCUUUUGAGUUUUAAUAAUUGUAUUAUGUUAAAUAUCACGAAAAUUAAAAAAAUCGCAUUUAAUUUUACAUAUUUUACAGCAUGAAGGGUUAUGAACUUUCCACAAUACAAUCGAAUGAAAAGCUACUUUUAUUGUUCCUAUUAUAUUUGUGUUGCCAUAUUAUUUUUAUAUUUUACUGUGUACUAAGUAUUUUAGUAAUAUUAUACACGACCAAAGCAAUUUCCAAAAAGUAGUUUAGUGACAUUCAGUGAUUGCUUUAUUUUGUUAGUUAUUCACUGUAAGUUUAUCAACUGUUGAAUUUUAAAUUAUUGUCGUUGAACGAUCUCGGUUGAUAUAAUUACAUCUGACAUCAUAUUGAGAAGUUUAAAGUUUUUCACAAUAUUUCAGACACUGGGGUGUCCUCUACAGAGUUAAAAACGCACUCCUAAGAUAAUUAUUUAUUAAAGGCUAUUGAAGCAAGUCUAGUAGACGGGUGGACUAAUAAUAAUUUUAUUGUAUUCCUACAAUGUUGCCAUUCCAAAAAAUGCAUUUUAUUACCAAAAAAUUCCAAAUAUUUUUUAUUUUAGGUUUCUAAAAUAUAAUUAAAGGUAUUCUAUUAUUUAUGUGGUGCUAUUUAUUUUUAUAAAUUUAAUAGAAAACAAUUCGAAUAUGUAUAUUGUAAGUUGUAUAUUGCAAAUUGUUACGGUGAUAGAAAUAAACAUCGUUUAUUUAUA